AUGGAAGAAAGCGCUGACAGAUCUGAUGAGGAGGAAGAAGAUUAUGCUGCUGCUGUUGACGAGGAUUUGUUAAAUUACACUGAUGAUGAUGAGGACAAUCAAAAUGGAUAUGCGCAUGAGGAUGUAGUUCCCGUAGACAACAUGCACUGUUUAUUUUCCAAAAUCUUUCUUUCUUUGGAUUUUAUGCGUCCUGGCAAAGAAUAUAUUUUUUGUCUUGAUAUUUCUUUCUUUCUUUUCUAUUCUCUUUAUAUUUAUCUUAUUCUUUUUAUAUCUAUCAGUCGUAAUCUCUUUAUAUCUAUCUGUCCUAUCAAUCAAUCAAUCAAAUCAAUCUAUCUAUCUAUCUAUCUAUCUAUCUAUCUAUCUAUCUAUCUAUCUAUCUAUCUAUUUUAUAUACUCUUCUCUUUCUGUACACUUAUAAUCUUACGUUGUUCAUAUCUAUCUAUCUAUCUAUCUAUCUAUCUAUCUAUCUAUCUAAUUUAUGCAUAG